AUGAUAUGCCAUGGGAGCAACGUAUUUCCUCAGGAGACCCUUCGCGUCACGAUUUGUUCGGCGCGUAAUCUGCGGGACGCCGAUUGGUUGCCCGGCUCCAAGGGAUCGGAUCCCUUCUGCGAGGUCAUUGUAGAUGGAAAGGUGAUCUUCAAGACCGAGGUGGUCGAGGCUGUGCGGAGCCGGGUUGGAGUUGAGGAUGUGGAUCGCUUGGGGAGGCAGAUCCAGUACAACUCAUCGGACCCUGUUUGGGAUGCCACAACGGAGCUCUUGGUGGCUGCGACCGAUGUCUUGGAGUUCAAAAUCAGUGACUACGAUGAAAUUGGGAAAGCUGACUUGCUGGGCCGUGUUUCCAUCUCAUCAGCCCGUCUCUUGAAGGGCUUUGAUGAAGAGAUUAAGUUGGAAGAGGCAGGAAAGCGGCGCGAGGCUUUUCUGAAGCUGAAGGUCGAGGCUAAGGCCAUCCAGACCCCUGCGCCAAGUGUGGAGAUUCCCACGAAAUCGUCGCCGGACAAGGAGAAGUUGAAGUCGCUGAGACGGGAGUCCAUUCAGAGCGGCCUCACCAUACGGGAGGUAAGGCAACUCAGUGUGUCCGAAUUGGAGAGAUGGUUGGAGGAGGAGCGGCUCCGACGUCAGCGGCGGGAGACCCGGCGAGAUGCUGAACGCCGUGGCCGGAGCGAACACAUCGAAGAAGAGGAGGGCCAUUGGUGGACUCCGGGAGAUAAUCGAGAGUGUCCAAAGUGUGGCACGGAGCAGCCACAGACCUCCAAGUUCUGCAGUGAGUGUGGCGCUCCCUGGAACUGGCAGCCUGACGUCCCUGCGAUCCCGGUGCCAGCGCAGAGGCGGCAGAGGGUGCUGGUCCCACAGGUGCAAUCUCCAUUGCUUGCGGAUGAACUUGUUGUGGCCAGCGAUGAACUGCCGGAACUGCCAGCAGACUGGGCUGACACGUUGGACAGCCCUGGUCCAGCGAAGUACGAGGCCAUGCCUGCUGCGUCUGUGGCGGAGCUUUGGAUAGAUCGAGAGGGUGCAGAGUUACGUGGCCUGCAAAAUGAGGACACGGAUCGCCGGAUGCUUCAGUUGCUGGAAGGCCCAUACGCGAAUUUGCCCAAAACAGCUGCACCAAGGGUUGACCCUUGGCAGUCCCGUGUUGCGAGCUAUGGAGUCGAACCAGAAGUUGCAGGUGAAGGGCAGCAAUCGUGGUGGCAGAAGACCGGAUUGGCAGGUCCAGGAGCAGCACCCAGCGGUUCCAGCAGCGGGCGCAGCGGGCGUUGGGCCGUGUCCAUGGCGCACACGGUGACCAACUCGCCAGUGCAUUUCGGGAUCGAGGCCUUCCGGCGCUUCCUGCGGGUGGAGACGGAGCCAAGACUGCAGUGGCUGGCAGAGGAGAUGAUGCACGUGGAGAUGCCCGAAGGCAUGUAUCCAAUCGAUCCGCUUUCUGUGGAGUGCCGCACCCUUGACAGCCAUAGCAGAUGCCCAAAUCCUCCUCCAGCCUUAGCUUUCGUGCAAGUGUCCAAGAUCACAGGCUGUUUGGAUGAUGACGUCGAACUUUUCUUUGAGCAUCCGUACCAGGAGGCUUUCGACUAUGCAGCCGCAGCGCAGAUGUUGGCUGAGCGGUCUGCACAGCCAGUGCAAUUGCUUGAAGUUGCUGAAGCAGCCUGGACCCAGAAGUAUGGCCAGGCCUUGACGAAUUGGGAAGAGGAUCUGCAGCUAGGUGGCUUUAUUCAUCGGGUGUCCGGACAUCAUUCGGAGAAGGAUCCUCGCUCGCGCUUGUUGCGGGAAAUGCAGUUGGGCUGCUUUUUGCUGGCAAGAGUACGAGUGCAGCUCACCGCCGAUGCUGCUUAGACUGCUGUGUGCCAAGUGGC